CCCAGUUGUACUUUCUUCUGUUUUAUUUCGAUUAAGCUCGCUCUUGAAUCUCGCCUCGUGGUAAGACGGUCACCUUGCCAUCGAUCACAGCACCCCAAAACAUUUGCGUUCAGAAACGUGAGGUAAAAUGUCCAAAAGAAACAUCCCUGACCACCCUGAAACCAAGCAUCCAUCUACAAAACGAGCGAAGGAGAUCGAUGCCAGUACGCCCUACGAAGAGCUUACGAGUCUUCUUGCCAAUCAAGGAAGUCCAAAAGAAACAAGGAACGUGCUCCAUUGGUUUCGUAGCAAAGACCUCCGCAUUCAUGACAACCAAGCCUUACAUGCAGCAUCCAGUCUCGCUAAAGAGUCCAAAGCUCCCUUGAUAUGCGCCUAUGUCAACUGUCCAGCCGAAUUUCGAUGGCAUGGGACCUCGCCCGCGCGGACAGACUUCAUUUGUGAAAACCUCGGGCUUAUGCAGACCGAGCUCAAGCAGUUGAAUAUCCCUCUGGUCUUUCUGGAAGCGAGUGAAAGAGAUGAAAUCGUGCCGGCCAUCGUAGAUUUCAUCCGUGAGAACGGUUUCUCGCAUGUCUUCGCCAACUACGAGUACGAAAUCGACGAGCUGCGUCGCGAUAUCAAUGUUCUCAAGGCAGGGCCUGACGAUUCGUCCAAGGCCUUUCAGAUUUCCUUUCACCACGACCAGACCGUUGUCGAACCCGGCACCAUGCUCACUGACAACAACAAGCCGAUGAAAAUAUUCACGCCUUACCACCGUGCCUGGCUCGCCGAAGUCAAGUCCAACCCAGGCCUUUUGGACACCGUGCCCGCGCCGUCCAAGAAUCCCGGGGAUGUUUCAGGUGAACUGAAAUCCUUUUUCGACAGCAAACCGCCCACUCCUCCCAAGGAGAAACAAUUCAAGGAUGAAUCGGAACGCAAGCGCAUCCGCUCUCUGUGGCCGGCUGGCCAUGAUGCAGCAGUCGCACGUCUCAACAGUUUCUUGGGCGACAAAAUCGAAGACUACGCUACAACCCGCUCCAAUCCUGCAAAAGACUCCACCUCUCGACUGUCUGCUUACUUGGCGGCCGGUGUGCUCUCCAUUCGUGAGACUCUGUCGGCGGUACGUAAAGCAAAUAAAGGGUCUGCGGACUUUUCGCAAUCCAGCUCCGGCUCCGGCAUAGCAUCGUGGGUCCGUGAGCUCGUGUUUCGCGAAUUGUACCGCCAAACCACGCUGACGACACCCCACACGGCCAUGAACCUGCCACAGAACCUCAAGUUCGAUUUCGUGCAUUGGGAAGACGACCAGGAAGGUUAUGACCGUUGGGAACAGGGCACGUUAGGUGUACCCUUUGUCGAUGCGGGCAUGCGUCAAAUCAAGCACGAAGCUUACAUGCACAAUCGGCUGCGAAUGAACGUCUCCAGCUAUCUGUACUGCAACCUGCUGAUUGAUUACCGACGUGGUGAGCGCUACUUCGCCGAGACUUUGAUCGACUGGGACUUGAACAACAACACGCAGGGUUGGGAGCCCAGUUACACCGUCUUCAACCCCGUCAGUCAGGCGGAGAAGAAUGAUCCAGAGGGAGAAUAUAUUCGAAAAUGGGUCCCAGAGUUGAAGGACGUGGAAGGAAAGGCUGUCUUUGACCCGUAUCACAGGUUGUCAAAAGAGGAGUUCGAGAAGCUGGGAUAUCCCGCCCCAUACGUGGACUGGCAUGAGACCAAACAAAGGGCGAUUGAGAGGUUCAAGUCAGAUAUGAAAGAUGCCGAUCCCUGAGGGAUGUGGCCGGACUCGCCCAUCACGGUACGGGCUGUAUACUCCAUGCAUGCUCACAAGUUUUGCUAUACUGACAAGGCUGUUGGAUCUGAAACGGACGCACAUGUACAUCGACAUUUUCGAUAUCGGGACUGCUUCAUGAAGUACCUCCUCGAUAUUGCUCGAGUCUUAACCCUGCAUAGAAUUUAUGCCAUCUCCAC